CGAGAUCUCCAGGCCAAACUGCAGCUGCGCUAUACGGAGAUUGCCAAGAGGACUCAGCCCCCUCCGCAACUCCCUGUCGGCCCAAGCCACAAGUUUGCCAACAAUUACUACUGCACCCGGGACGGCCGAAGAGAGACUUUCCCUCCUAUCGUCCUUGCCUCCCCACAGAAGACUCUGGCCCCGGGAAUGCCAGCUUCCAGCCCAGAGUCUUCCAUAGUGACAGCGGAGAAGAAACCGGUCACACCGGGCCUUCAGCCUCGGAAGUGGGAACUGUCGAAAGAUGAGCCGUAUUUGUGAGCCGGCCGUGAGGCGGACGUUUCCGCAGGCAGCAUGGCUGGAGCAACGCUCUCAGCGGAAGAGACGGCGGCACAGUCUGACAGGACGCUCUUCUCGGCCCCUAAAGACUCUGGUUCUGAUUCGAUAAACUCAGGCUGCAUCCACAUGGGAGAGAUAACCCGGUUUGGCACCGCUUUAACUCUUUCUUGGCUCAAGGCUAUAGAAUUCCAUAGCCUUGAGCCAGAAAGCGGUGUCAAACCGUGUUAUCUCUCCUGUGUGGAUGCAGCCUGAGUCCCUAAAUUAAUCCAGUUGUUAAUCUCUUCUUAGGGAUCAGCAGAAAACAUCAGGAGAAGCUGCUGUCAUGCUGCACAAUUAAACUUGUAUUUAAAUCCUGA